AUGAGGACUCUUCUGUUUCUAUUUCAGCUGCUUCUUAUAACUUCCACGAUCAAACAGUUGCCGGUGGUAGCGCAAAUCGUACGUGACACAACGGGUGAAGAACUCCGAUCUGCUGUCGAAUACUACAGCUUGCCUGUGAUAAGUGGGAAAGGUGGUGGUGGGCUUACUCUCUCCAACUUAGGUAAUGCAACCAGCUGCCCUUUGGAUGUUGUUCAAGAGCAGCUUGAAGCGUCUACCGGUAUUCCGGUAACGUUUAAGCCGGUGAACACAAGUGAAGUGAUCAUUGAAGCGUCUAUGGAUCUGAAUAUCAAGUUCUCUGCUGUGACAACUUGUGUACAAUCAACAGUGUGGAAGCUCAAGGAUAGUGAUGAGUCUAGUGGGCAUAGAUUUGUCACCACAGGUGGGGUUGAAGGAAAUCCGGGAAGAGAAACUCUGGCAAAUUGGUUUAGUAUUAAGAUACAUGAUGAUGAUUACAAGCUUUUCUUCUGUCCUGGUGUUUGUGAUACCUGUAGACCUCAAUGCCAGGAUAUCGCCAUUUUCGUUGACAACAAUGGUUUCAGACGUUUGGCAGCUUUGAGUGAUGAACAAUUCAAGGUCAAGUUUAAGAAGGAUUUCCAACCCAUUGCAACGUGUGAAAAUCGUGUGCAGCCACUGCAUCGGAUAGCUGGGAGCCUCUUGGGACACAUGCCCAGAUGUUCUCAGUCAUCCGAUGUUCACCACACCUCAUUGCUCUCUGUAGAGGAUGUGGGCUCCACCCCAUCUUUCUCAUUUCUG